GAGGAGCGGAGUCUCCGAAGUGUGAUGGGCCGUGAUCGAGAAAGAUGCUUGUGAACGGUUGACUGGAUGUUUCUGGCCUUCUGAAACCUCCUCAGUGCAGAGAACGAUGGCAACCAGCCUGACUUCAGAAGGAAGCGUAUUGGAGACGGGGAAAGUCCUAAGAUGAUCCGAUGAACCCAUGGGAGGGCCUAGCGGGAAGCCAAGGUGGGGCUUCAAAGCUGUUCUAAAGGCGUAAACGGCUCAGUUUCCUGGAAAGGGUAUGGCCAGAUCCUUUUUCAGACCACAAAAGUUUCUUCGGAGGACCCAGUUUCUGCUCUUUUUCCUCACAGCCGCUUAUCUGAUGGCAGGCAGCCUUCUCCUCCUACAGCGAUCUCGCUUGAUCCUCCAGCAAGGCUCCCGGGGCUUCUCCAGGAAUCAGGGCCUACCGGUUGCGGAGACUUUGCCGGGGGAUGCAAAGGCAGAGAGCAGACCAGUUCAGAUGCCUCGCCUGACUUCUAAGCUUCUUGUCAACAUGCACACAGUGUAUGGGUCCAACCCGGACCAGAAAGAUGGACCACGGUGGUUGAUCUCCAGAAACUCUGAAUUGAGACAGUUACGGAGACGUUGGUUUCUCCGAUUUGUAAAUGACCAAGAACCUGUUCUGGCUUCUGGAACAAAAACACUAAAGCACACCUCCAAAAACAAAGGCACUUAUAUUGGCUGCUUUGGCGACGACUCAAGGAAAAGGACGUUGAAAGGAGCCGUGUUCUAUGACUUGAGAAAAAUGACAAUUUCCCAUUGCCAAGAAGCCUGUGCUGAGAGAACUUAUAAAUAUGCCGGCUUGGAAUAUGGAACAGAAUGCUAUUGUGGAAACCAGCUGCCAGUGAAUAUUGCAAAGCAGGAAGAGUGUAACAAUGAGUGUAAAGGGGAGAAAGGGACCAUCUGUGGAGGCAUCAACAGGCUCUCUGUUUACCAGGUGGAGGAAUCGGGGGCAGGGCCUAAACGACGGCAAAAUAUUAUCUAUCGAGGAUGUUUUAAAGUACCAGAAAAUUUAACAAACAUCUUGCCAGCCUCAUUAAUACAUUCCAAUUUGACAGUGGAGAUGUGCUCCGAAUUUUGCUCCAAAAAGGAAUUCCCUUUGGCGGUUAUUAGAAGGCCUCAAUGCCAUUGUGGGUUUGCAACAAUUAAUUUCCCACUGCAUAAUGGUUCUGACAGAUCGUUUUGCAGCAGGCUUGAAAAUGUCAACACUACGGCUGAAGUUUUAAAUGCAGGAGACCAUCGCUUUGUUUAUCAGACUCCAGUCCAAGAUACCCGUUGUAUUGACCGGAAUUUUCUCCCUACCAAAUCAAAAGCUCUUGUUGCUUUGUCGAGCUUCCCAGGAGCAGGAAACACAUGGGUUCGCCAUUUGAUAGAGCAUGCCACAGGAGUCUACACAGGGAGCUAUUACUUUGAUGGAACUCUGUACAAUAAAGGUUUCAAAGGAGAAAAGGACCACUGGAGAAGCAGAAGAACUCUCUGUGUCAAAACACAUGAGAGUGGCAGAAAGGAAAUUGAAAUGUUUGAUGCGGCCAUUUUACUGAUACGCAACCCGUACAAAUCGCUGGUGGCAGAAUUCAACAGGAAAUGUGCUGGCCAUCUUGGAUAUGCCACAGACCAAAACUGGAAAAGUAAAGAAUGGCCGGAUUUUGUAAACAGCUAUGCUUCUUGGUGGGCCUCUCAUGUGCUCGACUGGCUUAAAUACGGCAGGCAUCUCCUUGUGGUUCAUUAUGAAGACUUAGAAGAAGCCCUUCUUCCCAAGCUGAGGGAAAUGGUUGAAUUUCUGAACGUCACAGUGACUUACGACCGGCUCCUCUGCGUUGAAAACAACCGAGAUGGGAAUUUCAAGCGGUCGGGAGCCAAGCAGAAAGGGUUUGAACCCUUCACAAAGGAAAUGAAAGAAGUGAUAGAUCAGUUUAUUGUGAUCGUGGACAAAGCCCUACGUGAGAGGAACUUUACGGGGCUGCCAAAAAUGUAUUUGCGCAGAUGAUGCCCUGCAGCCAGCUUGCUGCAUUGUUAAGGAAAGACCGAAUAAUGAAAUUAAAGAAAAGGCAGGAUUUUAUAGCAUUUAAAAGCAAGAUUUGCACAGAGUCUGCUGAUGAAUGCAAAUUCUUAAGACUUGGACAGUCUUCAGGGUACUAAGUGCUAUGAAAGGCAAGCAAUGAAGGAUGGAAAUUAGGUUAUAAACCGAGGCAAAAGCCAUUAGCAUCUCUGCCUGUGUGUGUCCUUUUCUCUAUAAAUGGCUACGAAUUUUAACAUUUUUGUGCACUGCUAAUUCUGGGAAAUGUGGCUGGGGGCGGGAAGCAACAGUGUCCUUUCUCUUAUCCUUACUGCCUACUAGCAAUAUUUUCUCAAGAGUAUCAAACAUUUUUAUAGAGUUUUUUGGCAAUUCAAAUGUGUAUUUUUCCCCUGGGUUUUUGGUUCGUUGGUUCUUUUGUUUCAAAACUCAUCCUGAUAAAUAUUUUUAGUGAAGCAAGUUAAUGGGAAAAAAACAAUAACUGUCUUUGUCUUUUUUUUCCCGCCGUUUC